AUUCAGUUGUCAAGAUUUGCUAUUUGGUGCAAAUCUGAGAAGAACUAACAGAUCUCGAGGCUGAACAGUUGAACACAUGGUUGUUGGUGAGCUGAUGGACAUUAUCAAGUCACCAGUAAGUACAAAGAACUCUAAAUUCUGUGCUUCAUCUCGUAGCUAGUAUGUGUGACGUUCAUUCCCAUUUUGGUUUGCAUUUUUAUAUUUUUCAAUGGGACAGGGAAGCUUAAAAAGGCCAUUUUACAAAUGUUCUUGGUUUUAUAUUUUAUCAUCAACUUUGACACAGCAGAACACAGAACAUUUUGAUUUAGCAUUGAGAUUUACGUAAGUUUCUGACUAAAAAAGUGAAGGCUAUAAAAAUUAGCGAAUCAACCGAACAUUACUUGAGUUCACUUCAGCUAAUAUCAUCAGCUAGCGAUCAAUUCGGUUCCGAACGCUGUGACCUUGAUGCAUGACACAAAGUAAUUAUUCUUGAUUUCUCGAGCCCAGCCUCUGUAAUAAAAUAUCUGUUAGCACACGGGCGGUAAUGAACGGCUAGAAAUUGCAGUAGUUCGCACACAAACAAAACGCGACUUUUGCUUUUGUCGCCUUCUUUUGUCAGCCUCGGACUUUAAAAAAUAUAAUGCUGCGCUUGUUGCGUCAGGCGCUCACGCACGCACAGUGCAAUUUUAAUGACGGAAAGAGACAGAAGCUGUCGGCCUGCAACCUUCGCCGCACAAAUUAUACACGUAUUGUGACUGGAAUAAUAGCAAAAGUGCCAAUUGACUAGCAUUGCAUUCGUUGCGCAAAUAAGUUUUCUGUGCAAUAAAACAAAUAUAAAAGCAGGUGUCGCGACGAGGAAUUAAAAUAUAUCACGAGCUGCAGGGAUUUUAUCUAAUAUUUAUCAUUUGCCAAAUGUUUUGCGAUAUCUUGACGUUCCAAAUGUUCAUAUAUAUCGGAAUGAAGUUCAGUGGGGCAGAUAAAAAUUACUGCGGAGUUGUUGUUACUUUCAAAAGGCAAAAAACUAAUUUUUUAUAUGAUGUUAAAUCGGAAAAUAUAUUUCAAUAUCAUUUUAAUUAAAUACAGGGCGUAUAGGUUUUAUCAAGAUUGAAAGUUUAUGAUUAAAUUUUUUUGCAUAAAGACCAAAGUGAAAACCAUUGAAAGGAAUAUUUGUAAAAAGUACAAAAAUUAAUACGAAACUAUUAACUUUGGUCUGUCCAAACCUUCACAGAUCUUCCAAUUUUACAUCUUAAUAUUCCAUCGUAGCUUUUGAAUUUUUUAUUAAAAAAUACCGGUUUUAUGUGGCAGGUAACUGCGUAAUGUUCAAACCCGAGAACAUUCUACACCUUCUUUGAAAGUUAAAAUUAGAGCAGUUACAUGUGAGAAUUGUAUAAUCUCUUGUAGGGGAGUUUUUGCCGUCAAAAUUUUCAAAUUAUGUUGAAUUCUACUUAGAGUACUUGAUCAGACAUGGAGAAAUUCCGUUUUCAAAGCCCAGAAAAAUGUUACCUCAAAAACCCCAAAAAAUAAAAGACUGCAAAUCUUGAUUAAGUUGAGAUAUCAUCUUUUGAAAUUUAAACUAGCUAACCUAAAUUUGAUCCUGAACAUGUUUUCAAUUGACACAAAAAUCGGGGUUCAAAGGUCACGAACCUCUGGCUCAAAGCUGCUCUGCCGUGCAUAAGACUAAUUGUAAGUUGAAAAUGUGCCUAAUGUUAAUCCGAAAUCAAAUUCUUCCUGUCGCCAAUUAAUUUAAGCACGCCGAGGGUACAAAUAUUAGGACCAUUUGAGGUCAAUUUCCAACUUCAAGGACCAUCCCUGAUGAGAGUCAAAAAUAUAAAAUAUUGUGUCAUUUUAUAGGUUAACAUGAACAGGUAAUUAAAUUUUUUUCAAAUUAUAUUAAAUUUGAUUCUUGGUAUAUGGCUAUCAUGGCAGAUGCACUCGAAUUUUCCAUAAUUUUAUAUUCGAAAUUAGAAGCAGCUUCCUCUCGGUGUAUGAUCUAAACUGAUAUUCUAACCGAAAAUAAUUUUAGAGUUUUAUGAAUCACAAAUUUCGGAAAUGGCGCGAAAAGGUCUAAUUCCAUGAGGGCAUUAUUGUUUUGUAUUUGUCUCAGUCACGCGAAGGUUGAAUAUGAUGAAAGAAUGAAGAGGCGUUCGGGGGAGAGGAGAGGGAAACGCAGCGAUUAGAGGUGUCUGCUGUCGAACAUGAGAGAAGAAAAACUCGGUCCGCCCGACCGUCGUCAGGGCGAGAGAAGAUUCCGAGAGUCUAAUCACAAGCCGCAAGAGAGUCAGAGGCAUCAUGUGGAAGCUGGUGGCGGUGUUGGCUUGCGCCGUGUUGUCGACGGCGCCGCGGCCUAUCGGCGCUUUCAACUUCCUGGUGCUGCACCCGCUGCACAGCGGCAGCCACGAGGUGCAGCUGCGCCACCUGAGCCAGCAGCUCGCCCUCAGGGGUCACGGGGUGACCUACCUCAAGUUUAAGAACUUUGUCCAGCUUCCGCCGCUGGAGCACGAAAACAUCACCUCCAUUACCUUGGCAGUAGACAACUCUGAUGGGCACGUCCCCUUCGUCACCCCUGAGAAGGAGGGAAGAUUUAUGCUGCCGCUGGACGUGAUGUGGCGGGACGGGCUGAGUCCGUGGGGCGUGCCACUGGACGCGUUCUGGACGGUACCGGCGCACUGCGACACGCUGCUGCGGGACGUGCGGCUGCGGCGACGGCUGCGGCAGGUCGGCUUCCACGUUGCGCUGGUUGACCUGCUGAGCAACGAGUGUGGCCUGGCGCUGGCGCACGCGCUCGGCGUGCCGGCCGUCGCGUACUGGGCGCUGCCGGCCACCGGCGGCGAGGCCACAUUCAGCGCCGGAAUGUCCAGCCCAUCGGGCGCCGUGCCCGCCUUCAUGAGCACCUACUCGGACGCCAUGAACGUGUUGCAGCGCGGCGUCAACCUCUUCUACGCGGCCAUGAACCAGCUGCUGAUGCGCUUCCAGUUCUUCCUGGCCGAUCGCUCCAUCCAGCGUCACCUGCCAGGCAGCCCCGACUCGCAGCAGCUGCUGGCCAACCUGUCUGGACUUCUUGAGAACUCUGAUUUCAGCGUCGACUACCCGCGCGAGUACCCGCCCAACGUCGUCAACGUCGGCUGCAUGCAGUGCCGUGAGCCGCAUCUGCUGCCCCAAGAGCUUGAGGAGUUUAUGCGGGGAUCCGGAGAAGCCGGCGUGGUUCUCUUCUCGAUGGGUGCCACCUUUGACGCAUCGAUCGCUCCUCCUGAGCUCUUGCAGAAGCUGCUGCUGGCGUUCUCGAGGCUGCGCCAGCGGGUCGUCAUGAAGAUUUCGGGUGCUCUGCCCAAAACGCUGGCCGUACCCUCCAACGUCCGGAUUGAGCGUUGGCUGCCCCAACAGGACGUCCUCGGGCACCCAAAGACGCGCGUCUUCUUCACACACUGUGGGUUGCACGGCGCAAUGGAAACUGUGUGGCACGGCGUGCCGGCGGUCGCGAUGCCCGUCUACGGUGACCAGCUGGACGUCUCCAGCUUGCUGGUCCGCCGUGGCCUCGCGGUCAGGCUCUACAAGGAGUCGAGCGCCCAGCAGAUCUUGCACGCCGUCACCACCGUGCUCGACGACCCCAGUUUUGCGCGACGGGCCGCGGAAGCGAAGCGUGUGAUGCGCGACCAAUUGACGAGUCCGCUGGAGCGUGCGAUUUGGUUUGUGGAGCACGUGGCGCGCACUGGUGGCGCACCGCACCUCAAACUCGCCUCGCGCACCCUCUCCGUUGUGCAGAAGCACAACCUCGACGUGAUGGCCGCCGCAGCCGCACUACUCGCCGUCCUCGUGUCCGUGGGCCUCCGCUGGAGGCCCACCGUCGGCCCGCCACGACUUCUUCAUUCGCACAGAAAAACUUCAUGAUGGCAAUCAUUAAAUUUGUACACUCAGAGGUACAGAUUUUUAUUAUUGCUGUUCAGUGUGAGUCUCGCGACCUUGUCGGCUGUAAAUAUAUAAAUAACACAAUAAAGUCCCUGUUUUUUGUCGAAA